AUGACCUCUGACCUGAAAAUUCAAUGGGAAGCGUGCUCUGUACGGGGCUUGGAUAAGGACAGGCUACUUGAGUGCUACAAUUUAGUGCGAAAAAUUCGACCGCUGUACAUCGCCUCGGGCGAGGGCUGGGUCAAGAAGCAAAAACUAGCCGAGAUGGAGUCGACACCCGGCCUGGAAUAUAUAAUAGGUGUGAAUUCAUCUGAUAAAGUUGCUUGCUUUGUUAGCUUUGUAUUAGACGAUACCGACGACCAUGAUGAGCCUACCACGUUUAUCUAUGAGCUGCAUGUUUCCCCAGAUAUGCGAGGAAACAAACUUGGAACUGCGCUAAUGACGAAAGUCAAGGCACUAGCACGACACAGUAUAACUUUACGAGUUUUUACCUGUAACAAAAGGGCAAUCAAGUUCUAUAGAAUGCAAGGAUUCACUGUGGACUCCACGAUCAGCACGCCUGCUGUGCUGUUUAUGUCUCAUGUAUGA